GACACGCAGCAUAUGAAGUAGUGCGUAUGCGCAGGUCACAUGUUUGGUGAUAAGUGAAAAUUAUGUUAUUUUUUACCGGUGUCACCGUGGUAUUAACAUUAACAACAGAUGCAGUAACCUUGGCGGAAAAAGAGUUUUGUUCCAGUGAUAGAAUUGAUAGUGUUGACGGCUCUUGUUCACAAGUCAAAAUGUCUAGUCCAGACAGUUACAAGUCUGCCAAAUCUAUCUACGAAUUUACAGCGAAUGAUAUCAAAGGAAACCCAGUUUCUCUGGAAAAAUAUAAAGGUCAUGUAUGUAUAAUUGUAAACGUAGCUUCUCAAUGUGGUUAUACAAAGAAUAACUACGCAGAAUUAGUAGAGCUAUAUGAACAAUAUUCAGAAUCUAAAGGUUUAAGAAUUCUCGCUUUCCCUUGCAAUCAAUUUGCAGGGCAGGAGCCAGGAACUAACGAAGAAAUUUGCCAAUUCAUGCAAAGUAAAAAUGUUAAAUUCGACAUGUUUGAGAAAGUAAAUGUGAAUGGUAACGAUGCUCAUCCGUUAUGGAAGUAUUUAAAGCAUGUACAGGGUGGUACUCUGGGAGAUUUUAUUAAGUGGAACUUUACCAAAUUUAUUAUCGAUAAAAAUGGGGUACCAGUUGAAAGGCAUGGACCAAGCACUAAUCCAAAAGAUUUGGUUAAAUCAUUAGAAAAAUAUUGGUAAUGAAGCCUUCAAUAUGUCUGUUUAUAAUUACAAUAGAAAUAUAUUUUAUGCAUAAUAAAUUGUGAUUAAUGUGAAA